UGCUGGGGGCGGCCUUGGCCGGCCAUGAGCUCGCCGCCGCCCGCCCGCAAGGGCUUCUACCGCCAGGAGGUAACCAAGACCGCCUGGGAGGUGCGCGCCGUGUACCAGGACCUGCAGCCCGUGGGCUCGGGCGCCUAUGGCGCCGUGUGCUCGGCCGUGGACAGCCGCACCGGCGCCAAGGUGGCCAUCAAGAAGCUUUACCGGCCCUUCCAGUCGGAGCUGUUCGCCAAGCGCGCCUAUCGCGAACUGCGCCUGCUCCAGCACAUGCGCCACGAGAACGUGAUCGGCCUACUAGAUGUGUUCACACCGGACGAGAGCCUGGAUGACUUCACAGACUUCUAUCUGGUGAUGCCGUUCAUGGGCACCGACCUGGGCAAGCUCAUGAAACAUGAGAAGCUGAGCGAGGACCGCAUCCAGUUCCUGGUCUACCAGAUGCUGAAGGGGCUGAAGUAUAUCCACGCCGCUGGCAUCAUCCACAGGGACCUGAAGCCUGGUAACCUGGCCGUGAAUGAGGACUGCGAGCUGAAGAUCCUGGACUUCGGCCUGGCCAGGCAGGCUGACAGUGAGAUGACCGGUUAUGUGGUGACACGGUGGUACAGGGCUCCUGAGGUCAUCUUGAAUUGGAUGCACUACACACAGACAGUGGACAUCUGGUCAGCGGGCUGCAUCAUGGCUGAGAUGAUCACGGGCAAGACGCUAUUCAAAGGCAAUGACCACCUGGACCAGCUGAAGGAGAUCAUGAAGGUGACUGGGACACCGCCGGCUGAGUUUGUGCAGAAGCUGCAAAGUGCUGAUGCGAAGCAGUAUGUGCAGGGCCUCCCUGUGUGUGAGAGGAAGGACUUGUCCUCUGUGGUGACCAACGCAAGCCCCCUGGCUGUGGCGCUUCUGGAGAAGAUGCUGCUGUUGGAUGGGGACCAGCGGGUGACGGCAGCCGAGGCCCUGGCCCACCCCUACUUCGAGUCACUACAUGACACGGAGGACGAGCCCCAGCCUCAGAAGUAUGAUGAGUCGUUUGAUGACGUGGACCGCACCCUGGAUGAGUGGAAGAGUGUCACUUACAGGGAGGUUCUGCGCUUCAAGCCUCCGAGGCAGCUGGGAGCCAAGGUCUCCAAGGAGACGGCCCUGUGAUGACCCCCACUGGACCUUGGCUGGGGCUCAUGUCCCAAGACCCUCCAGGAUCUGUGGACCUCUGUGCUCCCUUAACCAGCCCCGGAGGAGCAUCCAGAUUCAAGCUGGACACAUCCUGGGCUGGACUUUGAACACAGGAACCUCUGCGCUGGCAAGGGUCAGGCUGUGUGCUGGCCUUGGAACCACAGAUGCCCAGCCCCCAAGGAGCAGGAAUGCAGGGACCCCACCCCUCCUGCACCCCACACUGUAAAUGGGGAUUUGGCAUGCCCAGGGGCCCGGAAGGGAAUAAAUAUGUUUGGGCCUCCCC